AUGGCCACCCCUACGACCCCCACAAUGACGACUUUCGCCUCCACCUCCGCCUCGCCCUGCAACGACAAGGCCCGCGAGUUCCUGGCCGGAAUGGCUGACAUGAUGGAUAGUUUGGUCAGCAUCGGAGCCGAGGCUGCCGACGCUGAUGAGAUGGACAUCGACGUGGACAUUGAGAUCAAUAUCAACAUGGGGAUGGACAUGUGGGUGGACGAGAAGAUGGAUGAUAUGGAGGUCACCGCGGAGGACGAGAACGAGGACAUGGGGGAGGGCGAGUACCAGGACGGAAACAUGGAAGUGGAAGCGUGA